CUCGAGGCAAGCGUCGACAUCUGUUUCGUCGAUAUCACACAGUGAAAAAUGACAGAGGGCAAACGGGCUCGGUUGGAAGUGUAUAAAUAAUUUGAACUCGCGAUCGCGGCCCGUUGGCCGAGUAAACAAAUUUCGCAGCGAAAUGAGUCAGGGAUCAAGGUACAGCGUGAGCGACGGCGGCGCUUGAGAGACAGACGCAACAAAGCCACAUACACAGAACGACUAGAGAGGAACUCGCACGUCGUGCCGCGACCAACACGUCGGUCAUUUCGCUGUCACGAGAAUCUGAGGAGUCACUACUACUUUAUCCAUGAGAAGGAGAUCUCAGUUUGAUCGCAGCCAUGGAUACAGAACUCUCAGAUCAGUUUUACCGCAUUCAAGCUGUCGAUCGUGCUCGUAAGAUACCUAGUGUCAAUUACUUGUGGGACAAGUCUACAGAAGUAUACGGACGUGUGAAAGGCGCAAACACGUUUGUGAAUUGGGCCUUCGACACUGUUGAGAGCAUGGUGAACGUGAUGAUAGAAAAGUCUUUGCCGGUUGCCAGAUUAAUUGAGAAGCCAAUAUACACUCUAGACAAAACGUUGUGCCAGGGUAUCGAUUUCGUGGAGGUAAAGCUGCCUAUUAUUAAGGAGGAACCCAAACAGAUAUUAAAUCGCACCAGGUCUAUGGUAUCCGAACGUCUCCGUCCGGCGGUGAAGACUUUUACCGAUCUAACGCACGAGACUAAGCAGCGAGUGAGGAUCAUGACUUUACUCACAUAUUACAAGGUACAUUACUUAAGAGUCUACGGUUGGCAACAAGCGGAUAGGGUCAUGUCGACCGAGACAGGCAUCAAUAUCCUGAAGACUGUGGACAACACCACAGAUCUUGCCGAAAUUAUGUUGGACAAGUACUUACCACCACCGUUGGAAGAAUCUCAUUCUGAUCCAGAACGUCUAUGCAGCGAACAUGCCAAGCUACAUCACACAAUGGAAAGACUGAGCGGAUUCAGUAUUCGGGCAUCGCGACGUAUUUACUUUGCGCUGAUGGAGAAGUUUCGCAACACGUACAAAAUAGAGACACUCAUCCUGAUAUUACACGGUUUGGUGAUCGUCCAAAUGAUCACGAUACUGGAGGUGAUAAUAAGUUCUAUUUUUAAAUUAGUCAGCGACUGUCUCUUCUCCGUUGUUAUAAAUUAGCAGCACGUUACUUACCUGUGAUAAUCGCGUAUACAACGACACCUAAGAGAUCAGACUAUUUUUAUCACUUUUACAAGAAGUUAUGCCCGACGUGGGAAUAUGUUGCUCGUAAACUACGAAUUUUACUUAAUACGAGUGCCGUGAAACCCGUGAAUAUUCGCAGUAUAAUUUCGCGGCCCAAAGUGGAUUAAGAAGGAGUAGUGUUCUGAGCCUCGUGAUGUACGACACCGUUUUUCAUGAUUUUCCGUGCUUGCAUAUUUUCCACUUUUUGAGUAAAACCGGCCGCUGUCUGUCGCAAUCGAAUAUUUUCAAAAACAGAGUGACUUCAUAUAUGACGUGAUUUUAAAUGUCUCUUAAUCAUUUAAUUACGACCGCAGGCGUAAGAAAUUAUGAAUAAUAUCGUUUGCUUAAUAUUGAGUUAUAAAGAUCGUAAAAAUUGAAGUGAUUCGGUGUAUUAAGCAAAUGAAAGAAUGAUCAUAGAAUUUAUAACAGUAUAAUGUAAAUUUUACAACUUUUGUCUGAAAAUUUUUUCUGAAAAUGCUGCUUUUCUGAAGAGAUAUUUUAAUGCAAUUUUUAAAAUGGGACACCCUGUAUAUUUAAUCUUUUCGAACCGAGUCCUUCAAACUCAACGAGUCUUUUAACUCUCGAUUCAGAUUUUAUUAGUGAACGUCAAAAGGAUUUUAAAAAAUCUUUAAUUUAAAAACGCAAUUUCAAAAAACGUAAUGCCCGUUGGUUAACGUCGAAUAUUUAGUAAAUAUUUAGUAAAUAUUAAAUAUCGCGGAAUAGUUGUAUAUGUACAAUUGUUUUCGUUCUAUUAUGUUAUAAAUAUUUUUUAUUGUAUGUUAAAAAGUUUAAUAUGUAUAUUCACGAACUUUUAAUAUGUUUAUUAAAAGUUGUUAUUAUACAUAAUAAUCGAACUGCGCGCGCAAAUAAUAUUGCUCAGGUUGUUAAGUUAUGCAUUCAGGAGGACAAAUUAUUAAAGCGAUAUCGUUAUUCUUAUCUUGAGAAUAAUAGCACGAUACUUUCCGUCAAUUUGUCCCUGCUUUCAUAACCGCACUUUUCGUACCCUGUUACCUCGUGACUACAGGCACACGUACUCGAAGAACGCGGUACUUGUUACAUACACAUCACACGAAUGCUUAUCAAGUCGAUACGUUAUUUCAUAUAUUACGAUACAUUGCUUCUCUGAGUCAAUCCCAAACGGCAUUUUUGAUGUAUCGUGUAUAAGUAGAUAUCCUAACAUUAGUGCAAUAUGUGUCCAAUGUUCCAAUUGCGAGUGUUAAAUAUGUGUUAAAUAUGAAAGAAAAAAAGGAAAAAAAAGAUAAUAAAAUUGAGAAUCGAUUAAACUGUAACGACUGUGAUCGCGAGAAAGCUGUAAGCCUAACUUAUUUUCUACUUUGCGUCGUGUGACUCAUAAUUGAGUGAACACACAGAAAUAAAUAUUGUAAAUACGGUAUCUUUUUUUGUACUUGUAUCAUAAGAUAUAAAUAGAUAUGAAUCAACGUGUAAUAUAUAUGCAUAGUGCAACCGUAUCAAAGAGACGGCUCGUGAUUGAAAUGACUCGCGAGAACGGACAGAUUGCACACGUUAACACUCGCGCUAAACACGGCGAUACACGAACGUACAAUUAUUUCUCUGUUCUGUACUUAUUAAUGUGCAUUUGUAUAAUGUACAUGUACAAUUGUGCAAUGUACAAAGGAUGUAUAUUAAAGACGCUGCACCGUCAGCACACAAGA